AUGGUUCACUUCACAGCUGAGGAGAAGGCGGCUGUCGCAGGCAUAUGGGAUAAAGUGGACAUAGAGAAGGCUGGAGGAGAAACCCUGGGAAGGCUCCUGAUUGUCUACCCAUGGACCCAGAGGUUCUUUGACAAGUUUGGAAACCUCUCUUCUGCCACGGCCAUCAUGGGUAACCCCAGGAUCAGAGCCCAUGGCAAGAAGGUGCUGACAUCCCUAGACUUGGCAGUUAAGAACAUGGACAACCUCAAGGAGACCUUUGCUCAUCUGAGUGAGCUGCACUGUGACAAGCUUCAUGUGGACCCUGAGAACUUCAAGCUCCUGGGUAACGUACUGGUGAUUGUACUUUCUUCUUACUUUGGCAAGGAAUUCACAGCUGAAGUGCAGGCUGCCUGGCAGAAGCUGGUGGCUGGGGUGGCCACUGCUCUGGCCCACAAGUAUCACUGA